AUGAAAUCUUACGUUUUAUUUUUAACAGAGUAUGAAAACUACACAUCUUGCAAGUUCAAAGAUACAUACGAAAUGUCCCUGAACGGGCUCUUGCAAAAAGAUCCCUUUACGUCUACUCUGCUUGGCUCUUUCAUAGAAAAUCCUAAUAGCAAUGUUACGUUGUUUGCCAAAUCUUACAAUUUGAAUAAUUCCUCGUCAACCUCGAGAACAGCCAUGCAUUUGGAGCUUUACGUAAAUGGGACCGUUAAGUUUGGACCACUGAAGUUUCCCAACGUGACCAUUAAGGCGGAAAUUGCUGCUAACGAAAAUUUUAAACGAUGCGGUGGUGAAAGGAAAGCUCAGGAUCUGAAAUUGUCAGCAAGAUUCAACCAGACGGCAGCCUUAGGAAGAUUUUUCACAACAUCUCAAUCGGAUUCUGUCGAGAUAUUUCUACCUUUCGACAGCCAGAACAAAUCUUAUGGAAUCAUUAACGCAACAGUGUCAAUACUGGGUGACUCGUUUGAAUCGCAAGUGACAAUUUCAAACACCUCUGCUAGUUUUAAAAGAGACAUCCUCUUGUUCAAUGCUUAUCGCCUAUUCCUAAGUGGCUCAAGUCCACUACAGCCUUGGGAUUAUUUACUUUUAAAGGUUACCGGGAUAUUUGGAAGAUCCAAUGUAGGAGGCGCGAAUGAUGCAUUAGAAGAUGUCAUCAAAGGAAUGAUAACGGAGUACAUUCAAGUUAUUGUGGAAAAUACCGCACAACGGCUAGUAGCCCUAAAAAAUAUCGAUAAAAAAAUGAGCGAAAGACUUGAAAAAAGUAAAACUAGACUUCUUCUUUCCGAAAAUAGGACUAGUUUGGCCAUCACAAAAUACCUCUGGGCAUUGAAAUUCCAAAAGGCCGCUUUGAAGGAGGUUACUGCCGCCGAGAAAAAUGUAUCCGUGAGUAACCAAGAUGUCAACAAACUCAAAUCAUCACUCGAACGACUAUGUUCUGUAACUACAUGUCCUUAUGUCUGUGUUGCUGGAACAGCAUGUAAUACUUGUUACAAUGACCUCAUCAGCGAGGAACAAGGACUUUGCCCUGCAAUCUGUCAUAAUGUCCGGAAGGAAAGGCUUCCUCCAUAUAAGGAGAUGGCAACCUGCUUGGAAGAGGAAUGCGAUCAUUCGGGAGGUGACUUCUUCUCUUUCCUGGGCUGUAAUUUUGAGAAAGGUCUUACAACAGCAGUUAAGGUAGUUGUUACUACGUAUGGGCUAGUGUCUGUAGGCGUUCCACCACAAGUUGCAUAUCCAAUAGCCAGCGGAACGGUUACGUUUGCUGUCACUGGAAGCGAGGAAAAAGCGGCGGAAUCUGCAGCGAGAGCUGCUCUAUGGCAAGUCGCUGACUCGUACGGUACACCCUAUGUCGAUGAGUACACGGGAAUGGCGAAAGAUGCAAUCUUUGGGCCAGGCGAUCCCAAAAAUCCUGGUCCUGAAGUUUCUGAUGGGGUUGUCGAAGGAGUGGUCAAUGCAGUCACUGGGUGUAACGAUGAGGGUGAAUGGAAAUGCACGGUAGAACGUAAGCCUUGUGAGAAGAAUGUCUUCAAUUAUAAGUUUACAAACGUACCUUACUCAUGUGAGAUUUCAUGCAAAGUAAACGUUAUAAAAGAAACUGUUGCCACUCCUUGUUGCAAAGAGGUAAACUGUGCAUCGCGGAUGAAGGAGUUGAGAUGCAAGGAAAAAAAUGUUUUUUGUCGCAAGGCUAGAGAGAAGGCCUUGUCCAAGCUUAAUGCGGCAAAAAGGGAUCUCUUUAAACCAGUUACGAAAUUACAAAAAGCAGAAAAGAAUUUCAGAAUUGCCGAGAUUGAACUUUCUAAACGAAAGAUUGAUUUGGAAGCCGCUUCCCGCGAACGCAGUAUCCUUCAAAGAGUACAUGAUGCUGUCGCAAAAGCCAGUAACAUCUCACAAAGGGCGAAUGCUGAGAAUCGCGCUCUAAUGAAAGACGCAAUUGCUUUGGCACGACUCUGGAAUAGCACCAAUCAAACAUGUCCAGUUUAUAUAAGGGAAAUUUCAUUCGAUGUUACCUUUUCCUCACCCCAUGAAACUUCAAUACCAGUGAUGUUCAAAAUAGCCUCCAAGGACACAGAGAAAACGAUCUUUUCAGUUCUCAAUUUUGCAUCAUUUAAUGAUUCCUUGCAACAAAUAUCAAAACAAGUAGUCAGAGAGCUUUUUGGUAACGUUAGCGUUAUUCUCCGUUCCGGGCAUCCAUUAAAUCAUAUUUCUUCAGCAAAACGGACAGAAAGAAGAAAGCGAGCCAUUGAAGAAGGCAAAGCUUAUGUAACAAAUCUGGUUGAAUUCAAGAAAAAAUGUGCACUGGUUACAAACUAUCAACACGCCUUGACUGACAUAAUAAGUUCCCUUUAUAAGAUCUCUACCCAAUCAUUAAUGACUUUCAAUAAUGUCACGAAUAAAACCAUAAGGCAACGGCAUGCUGAAGCCCAUGAUUUUACAAUCAAUAUGACACAAGCUGCGGAGUUUGGGCUCACCGCUAAAGAUUUUAAGGAAUCUAUGAAGGCCGUGUCAUCAGACGAGGAGGUUAUAGGUGCAGUAGACUUAAUUGAACUAAGAAAUGCUACAAAUCAUGCUAAGGUGCAAACGGCGAUAGAGGUUGUUUACAGAGACUGGGAAGCGAGUAUGGAGAGGGUAUUUAACGGCACAUCACUGGAAUGCAAUGGUUUCGUGGAUUGUAUGGAAGACUUUGUGGACAACUGGAACUAUCUCUACCAAGACUCAACUCUCCCUGAGGCAGUCAGGCUGAAGAGAACAUUAGCAGCACUCGCGAUGGAAGUCAAAGCCCUUGUUUCACUUGAAGACCUUACAGUGGCCGACGCUGCCGAGAGAUCGUCUAGAAUUCUUCAGAUUUUGCAAGACGUGAAGAAUGAAAAAUUUUUCUGUGCAGUCGCGCCCAACAUUACAAAUCACCCAGAAGUGAUGAAAGACAUGAAAACUGGGCAGACGCUCGAGUUGACUUGCAAAGCCACCGGAGACCCCGCGCCAUCUUAUCGCUGGAAGAAGAAUGGCGUGCUUGUGCUGGAAAGUGACGCAGAGAAUCUGCGAAUCGAAAAAGUAACAACAAAAGAUAGCGGUAAUUAUACUUGUGAAGCUUACAACCACGUGAGUGUGGAGACAUCGACGCCCAGUUUAGUUCUGGUACACCCACCUCCAACCCUGGUACAUCAGCCUCCAAGUAAGCUACACAUUCCGAUCAACACCGGCUUUUAUUUGCGCUGUAAGGCAACCAGCUUGGUUCGACCACUUCGCUAUCAAUGGCUUUUCAUGCCUUUCGAAGCGAAUGGAUACAGAAUGGUUGAAAAUGGCAACUUUUCCGUUUUGAAGUUCACAUCAAUCCAGAAUCAGGAGGAAGGAUUUUACAAGUGUAACGUGUCCAAUCCUUUCGACUUCACUUUGUCUCAUGAUGUCCACGUCAGAGUUCUUGGAUUUUCUUUGGUGGUGCCUUCGUUGGAAUUAUCGUUUGAGAUAGUUGGUAACUACAAAAGUCUUCAAGAUUCUUAUGAAGAAAACAAUCAGAUGGAUAUUGAUAACACUCCCUUACACGACAACGAACGUUUUCAGUUAGACGUACAAUUUUCUUUCAAAAGAGUGGUAAACAACUUGACAAACCUUUCCUCUAAUGCAGUGAGGAAGCUCACUAUACAUGACUGCAAAAGCAACGACCAGGAAAACGUCUCUUGCAGUGCAUCCUUGAGGUUGCUCGGCUUAAAUGUAACAGGACCAGAGCCGACUAACAGAACCGAGAGAGAGAACGCUCGAAGUGUAGUGGAGUCUGUGAAUGUGAUGAAACAGUCUGUAGCUGUUCUGGUUAACGAGUCAAAUACUAGAGGAAUCAGCUUAAAUAUCAAAGAUGUCAUCCUGUACAUUGAUCCAAGCUCAUGGAAAACUGGAGAGUACAAAUCCAUGUGUCCUACUGGCACGAUGUUGUAUGUAAAUAAUUUCCUUUGCGGUAAGUAACUCUGUUGAGAUCCAAACUAUGUAAUCAAAAGACAUUUCCAAACGAAACUUGAAAAUCACAGACCAGUUUUGUUAUUAUUAUCACGCAAUGAAGAAAAAGGAACGCAAAAGCAACAGCCGCCAUUGCUCUGCUUUGGCUAUUAUGUUUGUCCUGCCCUUAAGACACACUCAUACCAUUUUUAAAAACCAAGUUUGUGCAGAAGGCAGCAAAAUUGGCCGAGUUGUUCAAUCGCCCAAGAUUCAAAUCUCGAUCGCUUCGGCUACUAACUGGAGCAGUCACGUCCCCAGGGUCUUCUCGUUUUCCAAAAGACUCUGGGGUCGAGGUUGCUAACUGGGGCUGUUGUUCGAACUGGUUUACUUCCAGUCAGAUGGGAAACCAUCCUACUGAACCUUAUUUUCUGGCGUUUCAAGAAAAUUUCUGUCAGUACCUUCACUCUUCAAAGACAGGUUUUUUAUUUCUCACUUUGGCAAAGUUUCACCAGCUAUUACGUAAUUAAGGGAACAGGUCAUUUUUGAAUGUGCACCUUUCGUUAUUCGUAUAUUGCAAUUUCAGGACAAAUUAUUUUCAGUUUCUAUUCCUUUUUGACUUAUCUGAUCUGUAAAAUGAAGUAUGUCAGUGGUUUGGAAUUAAAGGGGCAUUUCCUACCUUUCCACUGUCCUUCAGGGCUAAACUAAGUGAAAUUUAGCAUUUAAAACCUGCUAAUGCCCCGCCAGAUCGUUCGCUCCUUUCUAACGUCGAGCCAAUAUAGGGACUUAAAAAUAACUGUGGUAGAUUUAUCUUAAGCGCUCAGAUUUAGAUGGAGACUCGAGGUCGUAUUGAAACUCUUCCUAGUAGUCUACAGUAAGGGUCGGCAUAAAGUUCUAAACUUUUUUUCUUACAGUGAACUGUCCAUCAGGUACUUAUGGUGCCUUAAAUGGGACAACGACGGCAUGCUUUCCGUGUCCCAUUGGAACAUACCAACCACAUCAGGGACAAACGUCCUGUUUUCUUUGUCCCUCGGGUUCUAAUUCCCGCAAAACAGGAUUAGAAACGCGUUCUUCCUGCAAAGGUAAGGCUAGGUGAUAAUGAUAGGCGUUGCCUCCUCUAGCUAUACCAAAUCUGCAGCAAUCGUGACGGCUAAGCAGUUUUAAGCCAUCCGUUGUGAGAGUAGUAAUAAUCUAUAACUGAAUUUAGUUACUACUAAGUAACAAAGGAACGUUUCUCCCCUCAUUUGGGCCAGUCCACCAUUUUUUUAGUUGAGUGACAUACCAUCCUCUAUAAGCUGAAAGCUGAAAUUGUACGACAACACGUAAAUUCUUUAAUGGUCUCCUCGUACAUCUUUCACCAGAGAUCGUUACUUAUCCUACGACUUUCCUUCCCACUGAAACCACGUUGAAGGAGUCAGUGACGACUACUGCUAUAGACGAAACCAGAUCCACACGAAAAGAAGAAGUUGAGAAGACGACUAGGAGUCCAAACGCGUCCGGGCGUGGAAGUGAUAAAGAUGUCGCCUCCAAAUGGAAGAUAGCCUUUGGCGCAUGCGUGGCUAUUAUUGUCAUUCUACUGGCAGGUACGUUCCAUAGCAAACCAAAUUAGGCAUUUUUUAGUCUUUUUCUGUAUGCAUGGUUAGUCCUUUUAAGCUCUCAGAGAUCACUUUAUUCAAAGACUCAAGAUUGAGAUUGGUAGAUUGGGUGUCUAUUCGCGGUAGAGUGUCAAGUCAAUCAUAUGACUCCCUACACUGGAUCGGUAGAAUAUGGUGAGGGUGGAAAAUGUAAUUGUUUUCAAAGAACACUACCUGAAUCACGUUACUCAUCCAUCAACAAUAAGAACUGAGAGGUUACUUUUCAACAUUUUUUUCAGUCUCGAGUUGAUAAGGAAAAGUUAAUCUGCCAUCGUAAAGAGGUUCGAAAGCUGACGUUUCCAUUGACAUCAGUUGAAAGCCCAACACCCGUUGUUGCCACUUAAUAUGAGACGUCCAUCGGUGAUAAGCAUUAUAAUACACAGUCUAUGUACGACAGGUGCUGAACUAUAAUUAUAUAAGGGCACGAGAAUUGCACUGCUAUAGUCGAACGUGGGUCAGUUAUUAUAGUAGGAAAGAGUUUCUGUACAAAGGUUACGAUUGGACCAGUUUUUGUUACAAAUCGUUUUAUUAAAAUUGUUGUUGCCUCUUCUCUUCUCAAGGAGUGUUGGCCUACGCUAUUCGCUAUCGCAUCAAGAAAAUCCGCCAUUUUAAAACUGGCAAGAUGAGAACGUCAGCUACUGAUCAAACCUUCCAGAAUCCCAUAUAUGAUACGAACGAGGAUGUUAAGGAGGGACCGGUACUCAGUCUGGAGAACCUAAUAUACGAGUCCGGGGACCCAUCUGCUGCUAAGCUUGGCACCCUUUACAGCCACGAGAACCCUUGCUACCAAAUAGAGGACCCACAAGAUGAUGAUACCAGCAUGCAAAGAACAGGUUGA